AUGAUCUACCAAUUGGUGACAGUCGUGGCGUUAAUAGCUGCAGUCCAUGGGGGCGCAGUCUCCGUAGUUGGAGGUCUUGGACUUGGUGGACUAGGAGGAGGAAUUGGACUUGGUGGUCUUGGAGGAGGAGGAGGCGGUAUUGGACUCGAAGGCCUAGGGGGUGGAAUUGGACUUGGUGGAUUAGGAGGAGGCAUUGGACUUGGAGGUUUACAGACUCCUCCUAAAUACGAAUUCAAGUAUGGAGUGGCGGACGGUCAUACUGGUGAUAACAAGGAACAACAAGAAGUACGUGUUGGUGAUGUAGUCAAGGGAGAAUAUUCUUUGAAGGAACCAGACGGUACCAUCCGUACCGUAAAAUACACAGCCGAUGGCAAGAACGGUUUCAAUGCAGUGGUUUUAAGAAGAGGGCACGCAGUCCAUCCACAAGUCAUUACCAAAGUCAUUCCACAUGGGCUAGGACUUGGUGGAUUGUAA